AUGGUACGGCCACAAGUGACUCAAGACCCUUCAGAGACCGAGACCCUUCAGAGACCGAGACCCUUCAGAGACCGAGACCCUUCAGAGACCGAGACCCUUCAGAGACCGAGACCCUUCAGAGACCGAGACCCUUCAGAGACCGAGACCCUUCAGAGACCGAGACCCUUCAGAGACCCAGACCCUUCAGAGACCCAGACCCUUCAGAGACCGAGACCCUUCAGAGACCGAGACCCUUCAGAGACCGAGACCCUUCAGAGACCGAGACCCUUCAGAGACCGAGACCCUUCAGAGACCCAGACCCUUCAGAGACCCAGACCCUUCAGAGACCGAGACCCUUCAGAGACCCAGACCCUUCAGAGACCGAGACCCUUCAGAGACCGAGACCCUUCAGAGACCCAGACCCUUCAGAGACCGAGACCCUUCAGAGACCCAGACCCUUCAGAGACCCAAACCCUUCAGAGACCGAGACCCUUCAGAGACCCAGACCCUGCAGAGACCCAGACCCUUCAGAGACCCAAACCCUUCAGAGACCGAGACCCUUCAGAGACCCAAACCCUUCAGAGACCGAGACCCUUCAGAGACCGAGACCCUUCAGAGACCCACACCCUGCAGAGACCGAGACCCUUCAGAGACCCAGACCCUGCAGAGGCCGAGACCCUUCAGAGACCCAGACCCUUCAGAGACCGAGACCCUUCAGAGACCCAGACCCUGCAGAGACCCAGACCCUUCAGAGACCCAAACCCUUCAGAGACCGAGACCCUUCAGAGACCCAGACCCUUCAGAGACCCAAACCCUUCAGAGACCGAGACCCUUCAGAGACCCAGACCCUUCAGAGACCCAGACCCUGCAGAGACCCAGACCCUGCAGAGACCCAGACCCUUCAGAGACCCAGACCCUGCAGAGACCCAGACCCUUCAGAGACCCAGACCCUUCAGAGACCCAGACCCUUCAGAGACCCAAACCCUUCAGAGACCGAGACCCUUCAGAGACCCAGACCCUUCAGAGACCCAGACCCUGCAGAGACCCAGACCCUUCAGAGACCCAGACCCUGCAGAGACCCAGACCCUUCAGAGACCCAGACCCUUCAGAGACCCAGACCCUUCAGAGACCCAGACCCUGCAGAGACCCAGACCCUGCAGAGACCCAGACCCUGCAGAGACCCAGACCCUGCAGAGACCCAGACCCUUCAGAGACCCAGACCCUGCAGAGACCCAGACCCUGCAGAGACCCAGACCCUUCAGAGACCCACACCCUUCAGAGACCCAGACCCUGCAGAGACCCACACCCUUCAGAGACCCAGACCCUGCAGAGACCCACACCCUUCAGAGACCCACACCCUUCAGAGACCCAGACCCUGCAGAGACCCACACCCUUCAGAGACCCAGACCCUGCAGAGACCGAGACCCUUCAGAGACCCAGACCCUGCAGAGACCCAGACCCUUCAGAGACCCAGACCCUUCAGAGACCGAGACCCUUCAGAGACCCAGACCCUGCAGAGACCCAGACCCUUCAGAGACCCAGACCCUUCAGAGACCCAGACCCUGCAGAGACCGAGACCCUUCAGAGACCCAGACCCUUCAGAGACCCAGACCCUUCAGAGACCCAGACCCUGCAGAGACCCAAACCCUUCAGAGACCCAGACCCUUCAGAGACCCAGACCCUUCAGAGACCCACACCCUGCAGAGACCGAGACCCUUCAGAGACCCAGACCCUGCAGAGGCCGAGACCCUUCAGAGACCCAGACCCUUCAGAGACCGAGACCCUUCAGAGACCCAGACCCUGCAGAGACCCAGACCCUUCAGAGACCCAAACCCUUCAGAGACCGAGACCCUUCAGAGACCCAGACCCUUCAGAGACCCAAACCCUUCAGAGACCGAGACCCUUCAGAGACCCAGACCCUGCAGAGACCCAGACGUCUGA